GUUUGUGUUUUCUGUUUUUUUCCAGUUGUGGUUGUACAUCUGUUUACACAACACCACUGCAACCACAACAGCAACAAAAUGAUACUAAACGGGGCCUAAAAUACCAAUGUUUAAAGUCUAAACUAUAAAGUCGAAAGUUUGUCUUUAACUCUUAUCCAUGACCCCGCGAUCGGUCACUGACUCACACACGUGUCACGGGUGCCACCACCACUUCUCCCUCGCUUUUCUGGGGUUUCCGUUACUUGCCAUCGUCGCCGCCAUUUCUCCUUCAAUCAACAGCGUCCUGCCCAUUCAAUUUUGAAUUCCCGACGCCGGCUUUCGCUUGUGCUCUCAGCCAUGUGAGUCGCACUCAGCCGCGCAGAACCUCCUCCGCCGAAGCUCGAGGCCGGGAAUCCUAAUUCCACAUGUUCCCGCUGAGAAAUCCCGGUGCUCUGACUGCCGCAUCGUUCCCACAGCCAUGGCGGACUACUUCCCCCUUCGUCCCUCUCUCUCGAGAAUUCAACACAACCGCUGCGCCGCUCCCACUCCUCCUCCGUUGUUCUGCGAAAGUGGAGGAGUUAUCAAUGGAAGAUGGGACUAGGCGAGUCGUCAAUAGCACGUUGGCGUUGACUACGGGAGACAGUUUCAGAAGGUUGCUUCCGAGGAUUCGAGAAGAAGAAGGAGAGGAGGAGGAGGAGCCGCAGAAGCAGGAGGAUGGGGAUGAGGGAGACGAAGAAGACGAGAAAGGGAUUUCGAGAAUACGAGUGCCGAGGCAGAAGUACAUUCCGGUUCCGAAGGCCGAGCUAUUGGAUGCCAUUCUUCUCAAGUUCUUCGACUCCAAGGAGGACGCUGAUCAGUUUCUCAACCUCUCUUCGUGCCUGGAUUCCAUCCUCCAUGCUGAACACAAGAACAUUUUGGAAGAGAUGCGAGUCGACUAUUCCGUUCUUGAUUCCGUUGGCAGCAACGAGGGAACGGCUGAGGAAGGAUCUUCUGGCGGAGCUGAAGAACUCAAUAGUGUUAACGGAGAAGGUGUUAAUUUUGUUGUUGAUGACGGAAUCAAUGGAAGUGAGAGUUAUGGGAAGUUGUGGGAAGAGGCUAAAGCAAAGUAUUUCAAGUCUGGUCUAGAUUUCAAGAAUCUUUUGGGCUACUCGGAAGGAAAUGGAAGGAGAUAUAAGCCAGGGAGUUCUAGACUUGCAGUUGCAACGCGUUUCCAGCGCGCUUUCAUGCAGCUUCUCGACAAUGCACAGUUUCAGGAACUAUCAGCCAGUGAUUUGAUUUUGACAUCGGCUUUGAACUCUGAUUACCUCCUCACUUUACCAAUAUAUGUGGACUGGAAGAAAGCAUCUGAAUCCAAUGCCAUAAUUUUCAGGAGGGGUUAUGCUACUGAGAGAGAGAAAGGUUUGCUGAUUGGUGAAAAGUUGGAUUAUAUACAGUCCAGACUUCUUCAAAAGAUCUUCUUCAUUGCCUCAAAGCCCUUGGGAAAAGUUGGCAAAUGGAUAAAACAGGCAGUCACAGAUGCUUCUGAAACUCAAGAGGUGCAUCAUUGGCUUAAGAGAAUGACACUCUGGGUAGAGGAACUAUCUUCUUUAAGGAGUUCAAUCAUCGCCAGAUAUCAAGCUUCUGAUGAUCCACAAGGACCAAAUGAACUUUCAGAUAAUGAUCUUCCAAUUUGGCUGGCUGCACAGAGGGCAGUAAGUCGUUAUGAAGGGUUUCUAUCUCCUAGUGGGCCCAGGGAAAGGCUUUUCCGGAGACUUCUUACCUGGACAGGGCUUGUACCUCCAGUACCAGAAAUGUCAUUUGAACAUGGCAGUGAAAGCAAUGCUUCUGAAUCGCAUCUAAGGCCAAUCUUCUUGUCAAGGAUAUCACUUAGUGAUAUAUGGAAGCCUGCUAGUAGAAAAUUCUGCGGAAACAAUCUGUGGAAAAUGUCAAAGAAAGCUUUCUCCAUUCUUCUCUCACAGUCAGUCCUCCAGGAGCCUGCGUUUGAAGAAUUGAUAUUGCUGUAUACUGAGGAUGAAAGUGGGAGAGAUGCUACUUACAAGGAUGAGGUUGCAUCACUGCGAUUGAAGAUAUAUGAGAGAAUUCCGAUUCCUGACCUACUCGUUGUUUUCCCUCACAAGAAGCUCUCCUUCCGUAUACUAGACACGGUUCGUUUGGAUGCCGCGGCAAUAUUGGGACUUUCAGCAUACUUCAUAAACUACAAGUUUGUGAACCUAUCAUCUUCCCCGUCAGCGUUUGUACUUGAUGUUAUAGCCAUCACUGCUCUGAUAGUAUCCGUGUCCCGUGUGGUAUUAGGUUACAAACAAACCUGGGACCGGUAUCAACUACUUGUCAACAGGACCCUUUAUGAGAAAACACUGGCCAGCGGAUUUGGCUCUGUUCAUUUUCUUCUGGACGCUUCUGAACAGCAACAGUACAAGGAAGCUAUUUUAAGCUAUGCGAUCCUACUCAAAGCAAAGAGUGGCCAGGCCACUUGCAUUAGGAGUGUUGGAGAGGAAUGCGAGCGUUUCGUAUACAAUGCUUUCGCAGUAAAAGUGGAGAUGCCUGUGGAGAAAGCAGUGAAGACGUUGCUAAGGCUAGGACUGAUCGCGGAAUCACCUGGCUCCCAACCUGAUGGAACGAGCAACAAGGUUGAGGCUGUCCCCUGCAGGGAGGCAUAUGAGGCACUUAAACAACGUUGGAAUGAGUUGCUUGCUUCACACGACAUAGCUUAAUCCCAAAUUUCCCCAAGUUAAACAUCGGAUGUAUAGCCUAGUUUGGUCGUUUUGUAAAGCUGUUGAUAGAUUACCAGACGGAGAUUUCCUUUGAUCCACCAGGCAAAAAAUGCAGUUCUCAAAUUCUGAAGAAGUCAUCAAAUGAAGGUCCAUAAAAAUCACGUCCACCACCCUGAAUCCAAACUCCGAAAUCAUACUCUUACACCAAUUGUAUAAAUCGGGUAACUCAAUCAGUACGAUAUUGUCCGCUUUAAACCAAACAUGCACGAAUUUACUUUUGGGUUAUUUUCUAAAAGGUCUCGUACUACUUGGAUUAAUUGUACACUAGUAUUGGAUUUCCGUAUUUUGAAGUGAAAUUGUCGACUCAAUGAGUUGGUUACUCUAGCGUUUGUCCAUCAUUUUGUAGGGUUUGUUAGCGAUCAAAGGUACCAAGAGUCUCUGUUAUAAACGUGUUGCUACGGAUCGGGAAAUUGCCGGAAUCGAUAAAGCAAGAAUACGAAAGCGAGAAUCGAAAAACACAGACACACGAUUUACGUGGUUCACUAACACGAUGUGUGUUAGCUAGUCCACGGGCGAGAGAGAGCCAGUUUCACUAUAUUGAAGAGAUUACAGAUUACAGAGGAGUAUGAGAAGUAUUUAUAGUAUUUCUCCAUGUGGGUCUAAACCUAAUCCAAUAUGGCAAAGUAAACGGUUAUAGACCAGACCCAGAACUCGAACCCAAAUAACAUUGAGCACAUACCAGUCGUAACGGCUGAUAGUUCGAUUCAAGUCACAUCAACCGUCUCUAUUCUUUUUAAUGGCUUUGGGGACAUUGGUAAGGAUAAACAACUUCUUCGCUUUAGGGAAGUUUGACAGAGGUAUGAAUGAUCCAUUUUUUAUUAUUAAUUUUGGUGGUGAUUCACAAUUGCUGUUGAAACGAGUUAUGGCCUAAAACGUGAUGGAUGACUUACGAAACAUCUUUGAAAGAAAUUUGCCUCUUGAUUUCUAGCUUUACAAUUCUCACCGUCACCGAUAUUUUUACACCUCGAUGCUUCAAUAAAACUGCUAAUUUAGU